AUGUCUCUCGCACGAGGCAACGGUCGUCCAGAGCCUGAGGUCAUUGUUAACUUUGCGGAUGGCUAUGCCUAUUCUAAAGGCAAAAUGGAGGAAGCCUUUCGAAGCGGGUUUCUAGACAAACCUACCAUUAAAGCAGCGAAGGAUUCUGGUGCCAACAAUGUGAAAAGGGAAGAUGUGGACAUCCUUGUGAGUAGGAAGACAUGGUAA